AUGUCGGACGAGGAUCGUGAGGUGACCGAGCCUCUCAGUGGUGCAGAGAAGCUCUGGAACCACGACGGCCGCAAAUCCGGAUCCAUUCGAGACAGACUCUCUGCCAAUGUGGGGUUCAUUGUUGUCUGGGGUCUCAGAAGGGCGACGGCUGACGGCUGA